AUGAUGUCAGAACAGGACCUGGCGGAUGUGGUUCAGAUCGCCGUUGAAGACUUGAGCCCUGAUCACCCAGUUGUCUUGGAGAAUCAUGUUGUGACAGAUGAGGAAGAGCCUGCUUUGAAACGCCAGCGACUGGAGAUCAAUUGUCAGGACCCCUCCAUAAAGUCCUUCCUCUACACCAUCAACCAGACCAUCUGCCUGCGAUUGGACAACAUUGAAGCCAAGCUACAGGCACUUGAGGCCACGUGUAAGUCGCUUGAGGAGAAGCUGGACCUGGUCACCAACAAGCAGCACAGCCCCAUCCAAGUCCCCAUGGUGGCUGGCUCCCCACUCGGGGCCACGCAGACCUGCAACAAAGUGCGAUGUGUUGUCCCUCAGACUACAGUCAUACUCAACAAUGACCGGCAGAACGCUAUUGUAGCCAAGAUGGAUGACCCCUUGAGCAACAGGGCACCGGAUUCCCUGGAAAAUAUCAUCAGCAACGCAGUGCCUGGCCGUCGGCAAAACACCAUUGUGGUGAAGGUACCUGGGCAAGAGGACAACCACGAGGAUGGGGAGAGCGGGUCGGAGGCCAGCGAUUCCGUGUCCAACUGCGGGCAGUCGGGGGGUCAGAGCAUCGGCAGCAACGUCACCCUGAUCACCCUGAACUCUGAAGAGGAUUACCCUAAUGGGACCUGGCUGGGUGACGAGAACAACCCCGAGAUGCGGGUGCGCUGCGCCAUCAUCCCCUCGGACAUGCUCCACAUCAGCACCAACUGCCGCACUGCCGAGAAGAUGGCACUCACGCUGCUGGACUACCUCUUCCACCGGGAGGUGCAGGCUGUCUCCAACCUCUCGGGCCAGGGCAAGCAUGGGAAGAAACAGCUCGACCCCCUCACCAUCUACGGUAUCCGGUGUCACCUCUUCUAUAAAUUUGGAAUCACAGAAUCUGACUGGUAUCGAAUCAAACAGAGCAUCGACUCCAAGUGUCGAACAGCUUGGCGGCGGAAGCAGCGAGGCCAGAGCCUGGCCGUCAAGAGCUUCUCCCGGAGAACCCCAUCCUCGUCGUCCUACAGCACUUCAGAGACGAUUCUCAGCACCACUCCCCCGACCAGUGAGAUUGUGCAACCGCAGCCUCAGGCCCUGCACUACACCCUGGCCAAUGCUCAGCAGGUCCAGAUCCAUCAAAUCGGAGAAGAUGGACAAGUCCAAGUAGGCCACCUGCACAUCGCCCAGGUGCCUCAAGGGGAACAGGUCCAGAUCACACAGGACAGUGAGGGCAAUCUCCAAAUCCACCACGUGGGACAGGAUGGGCAGGUACUGCAGGGCGCCCAGCUGAUCGCCGUGGCCUCUGCAGACCCGAGUGCCGCAGGAGUCGACGGAUCGCCUCUCCAGGGUACUGACAUCCAAGUCCAGUAUGUCCAGCUGGCACCGGUCACGGACCAUACCACCGCUGCACAGACGGCCGAGAGCCUGCAGCCGCCUUUGCAGCCCGACAUACAGCUCGAGCACGGGGCCAUCCAGAUCCCGUGGCCCUGGGCUGAGACCGGGGGCAUACUGGACCUGUGUCUGUCUGAUGAGGGUGGGCCUGGAGAGGGAGGCCCCAGUGCCCAGUCAGUUGUGGACAGGAUGGACUGUCAGCUCAGUGCUUCCCAGGUCUGCCGGUUCCACACCGGCUGGCACACUGGUGUGGGCUCGUUCCCACAGGGUGUGAACUUGCAUCAUGGCAUGUGGGCUCGAACCUGUGAUGUGGGCUUGGGUCUUCAGUGUGGCUUUGUACUGUGGGGCGGGCGGCAGGGGACUUCCUCCUACUUUAUGUAUAUCACAGACACAGCAGCUGAGAUGUCCACUCAAGCCGCGCUGCCCGGCUUGUCGUCCAUGAGUGACGUCAUUGCCACUCAGGGAGGCAUCAGCCGUGGGGCUGGGAAAGAAAGCCACUUCUCUUCCGGGGAAUCUCAGGCCCCUGCAGGAAGUGGCCGGAUGUGA